AUGUCCGCGCUGUUGAAACUAGGUUAUAGUGUGUUUUCGAGAAGUUUAGCUGGCUUCUUCAAGCAGUCACUAAAUCCACCUUAUGUAUCAAUCAGUCAGAAAUGUACAAACAAUAAAUCAUUUUCACAAACCGUCUCCAAUGGUUCCCGAUCAUUAUUUGGUGUACAACCAGCUGCCAGCCUAGCUACUUUAGCUCAGAUGGCUAUAUGUGGCCCAUAUCAGAAGAAGCGCCCACCAAAUAAGGCAAUGAACGGAAAACCAUUUAUAAAAGGAAUCGUACUGAAGACCCUUAUACGUAAACCGAAGAAACCGAACAGUGCAAAUAGAAAGUGUGUGCGUGUUCGUCUGAGCGAUGGCCGUGAAAUCACAGCUCAUAUCCCCGGCGAAGGUCACAAUUUACAGGAGCAUAAUAUUGUUUUAAUUCGAGGUGGUCGGACACAGGACCUUAUUGGGGUUAAACAUAAAGUUGUACGUGGAAAGCAUGAUUGUGCACCUGUACAAAAACCUAGUCCUAAAUAA